AUGUCCGAGCCGUCGACAUCCCAACAAAAGGCUAAGGAUAAAGUCGGGGACUCCGAGCAGAUCGAGGAGAACCCACACCCAGACGAAGAGGACCACUCUGGGUCCGACGACGACUCUGAGCCCGAUGCGGACGGGGACGCCCCCGAGACGGCUGCAGGCUCCUCGAGCACUGCGGUCCCCGUAGACACGCCAGGAACAGCGAGCAAGAAGAAAAAGAAGAAGCGGUCCAAGGCCGCGAAGGCCCUGAACGCGCUGAAGAGCGUCGGCAAGGGCAAGGACGCUAUCCCUGACGAAGUCGUCAAGAUCGUGCUCGACAAGGUGAAAGCGGAGGGUGGCGAGGCCGUCGCGGGGGCAGAUGCGGAGACGGUCAGGCUGGCACUGGAGCAGAUGAAGCUCAGGGAUGUGCUUCAGGGCAAGACGGGCAUCGGGGGGAAGAAUAAGAAGGAUACUGGAGGGCAUAAGUUCUGGUCGACGCAACCCGUGCCACAACUUGGUGAGGCACCUCCGGAGGCCGAUGGACCUAUUGAGCCCUCAAAACCCGCGAGCGAGGUCCGCCAAGAUCCGUACCCUCUACCAAAGGAGUUCACAUGGUCAUUCCUGGAUAUCAAUGACACCGCUGAGUUGAGGGAACUGUACGAGCUACUAUCUGCCAACUACGUCGAGGACGACGACGAGUCAUUCCGUUUCCAGUAUUCCGCGGAAUUCCUGUCAUGGGCCUUGAAGCCACCAGGCUAUCACAAGGAAUGGCAUGUGGGGGUUCGAGUGAGUUCGAGUCGGAAGCUCGUCGCUUUUAUCUCUGCCGUACCAGUGCAGAUCCGAGUGCGAGACCACGUGCUCAAUGUGAGCGAAGUGAACUACCUUUGUGUGCACAAGAAAUUGCGUUCGAAGCGGUUAGCACCCGUGCUCAUCAAGGAGGUUACACGACAAUGUAACCUUAAGGGUGUUUUCCAGGCGCUGUACACCGCAGGAGUCGUGAUUCCUACCCCGGUAUCUAAUGCUCAAUAUUUUCACCGCUGCAUCAACAUUCCCAAGCUAGUCGAUGUUCGCUUCACGAGCGUGCCCUCAACGAUGACGCUGGCACGCAUGAUCCGCCUGCACAAGCUCCCCGAGAAGCCGCGCUUGCUCGACCAGGGAUUGCGCGAAAUGGGAGAGCGCGAUGUGCCGCAAGUGGUGGACCUCUUUGAGCGAUACAUGAAGCGCUUCUCGAUGGUCCCAAUUUACAACGAGGCUGACGUCGCCCACCAGUUCUUGAGCGGCCGUGGUGAGGGUCCCCGCGGAGCUGAUAGCUGGAAGACGCCGCGCGAUGGCCAGGUCGUGUGGACGUACGUCGUCGAGAACCCGAAAACGAACAAGAUCACGGACUAUGUCUCCUUUUACUCCCUGCCUUCGACGAUCAUGCGCAGCACGAAGCAUAACCUCCUCAACGCCGCGUACCUCUAUUAUUACGCCACGGAAGUCGCGUUCGAGGACGGCGCCGAGGCUAGCGGGCGGCUCAAGAAGCGGCUCGAGGAGCUCAUCACUGACGCGCUCGUGAUUGCGGAUCGCGCCAAAUUCGACGUGAUGAACGCGCUUACGCUCAUGGACAAUGUGCCCUUUUUGCAGGACCUCAAGUUUGGGCAGGGCGACGGUAUCCUCAAUUUCUACCUUUACAACUGGCGAACCGCCCCUCUGGCAGGACUGCGUGCCACGAGCGACACCUCAGUCGGAAGGGGUAUUGGAGUAGUCAUGCUAUAG